ACGUCAAGGGACGGCUGUUCAAGGUAGCAUAGCAUACGUUAGCCAUUCGUCGGUUUACAUUGUAGGGUAAGGUAGGAUCUGAAUUGCACGUUUAGUCUAAUAUGAUAUUAUAGUACAAUUCCUCUUCGCAACCGCCCGCUCGAUGUUUAUGGGUUGCCAGAAGUCGUCGUGUCUUUGAGUGGAAUACCAGGUAACGUUACAAAAAUGCCUUUGCAUGGAAAAAUAGUGGUGAUUAAGAGGACUGGAGGAGAUGGGACUGAGUUUCCUCUUACUGCCACAUGCUUAUUUGGAAGGAAGCCUGAUUGUGAUAUUCGUAUUCAGCUUCCUCAAGUGUCCAAGGAGCAUUGCAGAAUUGACUUUAAUGAAAAUAAAGAGAUCGUUUUGACAAAUUUGAGCUCAGUGAAUCCAACCCGUGUUAACGGAGAGGCUCUGCAGCAAGCUGAGCGUUUGAAGCACGGAGAUGUGAUAACUAUUAUUGACCGUUCUUUCAGGUUUGAGUACCCUCCAGCACCCACACCGAAGAAGAGGUCAUCCAGAGGAGGCAAAACUGAAACCCUCAAAGAUCAGCAAGUGGGCGACACGGUCCCCACUGACGCGGGAGAGAAAAGGAUCUCUGAAGUGUGCACAGACCCCCAUCUGAAAGAUGGAACCAACCAUGAAAACAUCCAGAGAUCUCUGGAUAAAACUGUGGUGGUGGAGUCCAAGCAGGAUGACGUCCCGCUGCCAAGCAAGGCCGCCGCCUCCCCCUUCAACGAUCUGUAUCAAAUGAUCAAAAAGUCUCUGGAUGUCAAGACCCCUCGGAAGUCUUCCGCCAGUGUGCUUCAAACACCCACCUCGAGGUUCUGCUCUCCAAAACCCGAGUCGGUCAGGAAGCCUGUCUUUUGCACAGAAGACAAAAGCUCUCUGAAGAAAGAGGACGUUAAAGUCUCUCCUGUGGCCGAGGACGUUAAGGGCGACGGGCCCCCGGCGUCUGUUCCGACGCAGAGCCGGUCCUUCCAGACUCCUUCCGCUGAGAUGGCCACACCUGCAGUUGAAGAAGCCGAAAAUGCCGCCAAGUCCGACGCGACCUCGCCCCAGAAGAGAACCCGUACCCCCCCCAAGAGGUUCUCUGCGGGUGAGGUUUCUGCUCAAAAGCCCAAAUCACCUGUGAGACGAAGCAAAGAGCCGGCAGCGACCUCGCCCAAAACAGGUCUCCGAAAGGCAUCACCGAGGAACUCUGGGGAAGUUGAAAAAGUGAAAGAGACCUCCAGAAAACGCAAAAGUGGAGACGUUGUGUCCAACUCGCCCGCACCACAGAUGAAGAAGAAACGCGUUUCCUUCGGCGGCACGCUGUGUCCGGAGUUAUUUGACAAACGUCUGCCUCCUAACUCUCCGUUACGCAAAGGGGCCGCACCGCGGAGGAGCUUGUGCGUGCCGAGCGACAAGCUGUCGCUCCUUAGACGAGCAUCCGCCAAUGGCUUGCUAGAAGAGGAGUUUGAUGGAGAGAGUCCUGCAAAAACGAGGAAGUCGAGUGCCAAAAAUACUUCUCCCAAGACUCCGACGCCUGCGAAGAGAUCUCCAAAAUCCAGGACUCCCUCUCCCAAGGCUGCAUCUCCCGCCAGAGGAAGAGCUCCCACAGUUGGUGGAACACCAGGAGACCUGCCCCCCAGUGUACAAGGGCGCUUCUCUGUGUCGCGCAUCAACACACCAUCUCCAAAUGCAGAAGGUGCCGACCAGGUGCCUUUACUCCCCUUUGCUCCUAAAACAACCCCGAGGAGGAAGAGCACCUCACAGGAGACGCCCAGUGUGACCAAGGGCGUCACAAAAGUAAUGCGCAAGAGAAGUGGCUUUUCCCGGGCGUCUAUGAAAGUCAAACAUUCCUGGGCAGACAUUGUGAGAUUUGGGCCGACGAAGCCUCAACUGGUUGCUCCGGUUAAGAAAGCGGUCGUCAAAAAGACAACGAAGAAGACCGUGUCCAAACCACAGACGCCUGUAAGACAACUCGUGGGCCAUGUGAGCACUGGACACGCAGACUCACCGGUUACCAUCGUGGUGGGCAGAGCUCACAAACGGCUUGUUCAGCCAACUGGUGCUGCACCGACACUGGUCCCCAACAUCGCGCUCCUUAAGAAGAACAUGAACAUGGACGAGGACUUGACUGGAAUUUCCCAAAUGUUAAAAAGCCCUGCCGUGGAAAGGAAGAGAUGUGUAAUCGAUGAGAGCUGUGUCGCAAAGACACCCGUGAGAGGUCCGAGCUCAUGUGUGGUAGAACCGUCCGUGCUGAACACACCAGAGGAGCCAGGUGAGAUGAUGGUGUCUCCAAUGACCGUAAAAGACAGAAGAUACAACAGCGAGGCCGUCCAACGCCUCCUCGACGAUGACCAGAGCUUCGUCAGUGACGCGCCUGCAGCGGAGAUUCCCUCCGAUGACUGUAGCGAGCAGCAGAGCACGGAUUCUAAGACGACCCCAACUACGCCCAAACAGGAGCCUGAACAACACGAGAGCCUCACCGACGUUAAGGUCGUUUGUAAGACUCCACGACAGGAAGCUGAACCUCUGGAAACUCCUAAAGCUGUAGAGGCCGGUGUGGAGGAGGAUGAUGUUAAGGUCACUGUGGAGGCGCCAGAGCUCGUGCAAGAAUCUGAAGACCGGUGUGACGUGAAGCUGAUGGAGGAGCCACUGACUGAACCCGCAGGACACCUGGAGACUAAUGAGGUUGAGGUUCAAACGCCUGUGGAUUGUGAUGAAGACGUCGCUAAAGAACUAGUGUUUGCCCCCGAGGAGCCACGACAGGAUGAGCCAUCAGACGUCAUGGAUGUUCCCCAAGUUGAACUAGAAAAAGAAACAAACUCAAAUGAAGUUGAUGCCCACAUGGAGGAGGUGCGACGCGAACACGAUUAUGAGGAAUCAUCAGACGCCGUCGAAACUGUCUCUCAAGCAUCUGUGGCUGAGACCGUGUCUGUGGAAGAACCCGAAGUGGAGACCGUAGAGGAGAAGGAUUCUGAAGUGGAGACCGUCGAGGAGAAGGUUUCUGAAGUGGAGACCGUCGAGGAGAAGGUUUCUGAAGUGGACACCGUCGAGGAGAAGGAUUCUGAAGUGGAGGCCGUAGAGGAGAAGGUUUCUGAAGUGGACACCGUCGAGGAGAAGGAUUCUGAAGUGGACACCGUCGAGGAGAAGGAUUCUGAAGUGGAGGCCGUAGAGGAGAAGGUUUCUGAAGUGGAGGCCGUAGAGGAGAAGGUUUCUGAAGUGGACACCGUCGAGGAGAAGGAUUCUGAAGUGGACACCGUCAAGGAGAAGGAUUCUGAAGUGGAGGCCGUAGAGGAGAAGGUUUCUGAAGUGGAGGCCGUCGAGGAGAAGGAUUCUGAAGUGGACACCGUCGAGGAGAAGGAUUCUGAAGUGGACACCGUCGAGGAGAAGGAUUCUGAAAUGGACACCGUCGAGGAGAAGGAUUCUGAAGUGGACGCCGUAGAGGAGAAGGUUUCUGAAGUGGAGGCCGUAGAGGAGAAGGUUUCUGAAGUGGAGACCGUAGAGGAGAAGGUUUCUGAAGAACAACCCAAACACUCUGAAGAUACUGUCGUCCCUGCGCCAGUCAGAGCAAGAAGAGUGAAGAAAGCUGAAGCUGCAGCACCGCCCGCUGUUAGACCAACGACAACAAGAGGCAGAAAUUCAAAGUCUCAAGAGAGCCUGGAUGUUGAUCUUGUAAUUGAGAAGAGUGCUGUCCUGCCUGCCAAAGUUGCCCUUAAGCCUAAAAGAGGAAGAAAUGCCAAAAAAGCUUCUGAAGAUCUCCAAGAGGUUUCCACUGAAAUCCGCAGUGACCAGCUGGAGGUGGUGCCCAGUGGAAGUGAUGAAAGUAAAUCCUCCGAUGCCAUGGAAACUGUUCCCCAGGAGACAGUAACUGAGAGUUUCCCUGAAGUCGAGGCAGCAGAAGCAGCCAUCGUUCAGAAGAAAGCAGUUCGUGGCAAAAGGGCAAAACUGGUGGAGUCGAACACCGCUGAUGUGGAGGUUGUAGAGCACUCUGAAGAUCCCGUUGUCCCAGCUCCAGUCAGAGGAAGAAGAGGGACGAAAACUGAAGCUACAGCACCACCCGCUGUUAGACUAUCGACAAGAGGCAGAAAUGCAAAGUCUCAAGGAAACGCCAGUGAUGAUAAACCUGAACUGGUUGCAGAGAAAGAUGUGGCAGCAACACUGAUGACUGAGGUUUCCAGUGACGCUGCGGGUGACCAGACGUCUUCAACCAAAGAGAAGGCUUCUGCAGAGGAAGCUGUCGUGAAGCCCGUCAGAGGGAGAAAAAUUAAGCAAAAGCCUGUUGAGCCAGAGGUGAAAGAAGUUGUGAGUGACGAGCCUCUCGCGACAGAUGCUCAACCUCAAAAGUCCGUUCCUGCUGUUGGAAAACCCAAAAGAGGGAGGAAGACAAAAGCUGACGCCGUUGAAGAAGAUGAGGUGGUGGAAGACGCAGUUGUCGCUGAGGAGACCAAGCAGCCGUCUCAGCCUCCUGUCAAGGCAAAGAGGGGAAGAAAUGCCAAACAGGAAGAAGAAAAGCCUGAGUCACUCGAGACUACCGACUCCCAGGUGCCGGCUAAAAAAAUAAGGAGAACCAGGAAGGUGGAGCAAGACCUCGUUGAACCAAGAGAAGAAGAAGAAGUCACUGAAGCUCCACUUGUUGCUGAACCAGUGAAGGUGGAGGAAGAGGCGACCGUGGCUGCAAAACCCAGGAGAGGAGGGCGCAAAGCAAAACAAGAGCCUGAGAUUGAAACGCCCGUCGAAUCCACUGAGGUCCAAGAGGUCGUCGGCUCCACAGACAAACUCAAACGGGGUAGGAAAGGAAAACGAGUUACUGAAGAGGUUGAAGUCACCGCUGUAGUAGCAGAGGAGGAGAAGAACGAUGCAGAGGGCGACGCUCCAGUCAUUAAACCAAGCAGGGCCAGGGGGGCGAGAGCUUCUGCUUCACAAGCCACUCCGGCCAAAAGAGCCCGUCGAGGUGCCGUUCUUCCCCUUGAGGAGACCAGUGAAGAAGCCACAGGCCUGGUUUCAGAGCCUGCAGCAACUUCAGUAGAGCCAGCCAAGAAGGGAAGACGUGCGGCAGCAAAGCCCAAAGCAGCCGACGCCACGGUGACCAGUGACCAAGCAAAUCCCAGUGAAGAUUCAAGCAGCGCUGUUGAGAAAGACACAAAAACAUCCAAAAGAUCCAUCAAGUGGAAAUCUGACUUGGAAGUCGUUGAGAUUCCAAAAGCAACACCCGUAAAGGCGAUUCGAGGCAGGAAGACCAAAGUCGACACUGAAAGCAAAACUGUGUCAAAGGAUGUCGACAAAACUGAAGAGAAGGAUCUCUCAGAGAAAGUUGCUGAAGCUCAGCCCGUCAAGAGAGCCAGGCGAGGGGCAAAGGUCGCUGACGUAACCGCCGACGAAGCAGAGUCCACAAGCAAGGUGGAAAGUGCUGAGGUCGUCCCACAGCUGAAAACCCGUAGAGGAAGAUCCGCAAAGAAAUAAAAGCAUUUGUGUACAUCCUUAAUCCUUAUGAGCCUUUCCCCUUAAAUCUGUGUGUACUUGUCAUUUUUAUUAGAUUGUAUGGCAUUUUAGAAAGUAAUUUUAUAGACUGAAAAUGAAGCACUGUUUUUUUGUUUGUUUUUCAAUUCAGCAGGGACAUUUUGUUUUACCAUUUAUUUUGUAACACGUUCUGUUUAUUGCUGGUUUUGCAAAUGUUUUUAUAAGGAAAAAAAAGUGAUUUAUUAAAUUUUUGAU